AUGUACUCGCAACCGCAACAAGUGUCCAAUGGCACUCAGACCAUGCCACAGCCGAAUCCCAAGCCAGUGUGCGUGCCGCUGCUGUUGGUCGACGAGGAUGGGAAGAAACGCUACUGCUACCAUGGCGGCAAGUGCCGCUGCGAGACCUGCCAGAAGAUGCGCGAGCAGCAGGCGGAGGAGCUGGACGAGCAGCUAUUGGCCACCCUGCCACACAGUCGCUUGCAGCUGGUGCCGGCGUUGCGUCAGGUGAGGCCGAAGCAGUACCGCCUGGAGGCCAGAUACGCCACGCCCGAGUUGUCCAAGUAUCUGAGUGAGGAGCACAAGGAGCUGCGCAAAAAGUGA